CACGCACGGCGCCGCAGAGCCUUCUGGGAGCGCGAUGCAUAAUGGCGACCCCCAGCCUGCGGGGCCGCCUGGCGCGGCUUGGGAACCCGCGGAAGCCUAUACUGAAGCCUAACAAACCCCUCAUCCUUGCUAACCGUGUCGGGGACCGGCGCCGGGAGAAGGGCGAGGCGACCUGUAUCACGGAGAUGUCGAUAAUGAUGGCUUGCUGGAAGCAGAAUGAAUUCCGCGACGAUGCGUGCAGAAAAGAGAUCCAGGAUUUCUUCGAUUGUGCUUCGAGUGCUCAGGAAGCAGGAAAGAUGAGGUUAAUCCAGGAGACCCUGGGAGAGUCCAGGAGUUUACCUCCCAAAACACUGAAUAAGUUGUUACAGAGGUUUCCUAACAAACCUCACCUCAGCUGAAAAUGGAGAAACAUUUUCAAUGAUGGAACUGUUACUUCUGAGAACUAUGCAGAGACAUUUUAGAGAUGUCCACAGCCAUGUCCUCUUCAAAGGGCAAAAUGAGGCAAAACAACUUUUAUCAUGUUCUGGAUGGAAGUUGUGCUUUAUUUUGAAAUAAAA